AUGCUCUAUUCUCACCCAGACUGGAACUCUGACGAUGAAUUCUUUAAAUUCACGCGUGGUCGCUUUCUUGUAGACGAGGCGGAAAACCUUCGAAGGCGAGAGAUCAAAUUCGACUUGAAUAGGCUCGCAAGUGUUGCUGCGGACUCGAUCGGCGCUGCUCAAUGCAUUUCCAUCAAAAAGUACCCCGACGGUAUGUUCAACAAAACAUUCCUUAUGACGAUGGAAGAUGGCCGAGAAGUCGUAGCUAAGGUGCCUAACCCUAAUGCUGGCGCUCCCCACUUUACCACGGCCAGUGAAGUUGCCACGAUGGACUUCGCUCGCAAAAUCCUCAACACACCAGCACCUCAUGUCCACGCAUGGAACUCGCAGGCAAAGUCGCAUCCUGUUGGGGCUGAAUUUAUCAUCAUGGAUAAAAUCGAGGGUAUCCCGCUGUCCCAAGUCUGGAGCACGAUGCAAGUACACCAGAGGCUUAAAGUUAUUCUUGCCAUGACAAGUCUGCAGAAGCAAUGGCUUAGCGUUUCAUUCUCACAUUACGGCAGCCUGUACUACGCGAGAGACGUGCAGUCCCCAGCAGGCAACCACUAUGUCAAGGAUGGCAUGGCCGUCAAAGAUUCAGAGUUUGCUAUUGGCCCCGCUACUGGUCGGGAUUGGUUUGAUGCGGGCAGAUCAAUUUUGGAUGUUGAAAGAGGACCAUGGGCUUCUCCAACGCAGUACCUGCAAGCCGUCGGAAGGCGGGAGAUUAAAGCAAUCCAGUUUCUGAAACCACCCAAACAGAUUGCCUUGUUCUGUGGUCCAAAGCUCUACCGACCCGACGCAGAAAAUAAGCUUACCGCGUUAGCAUGGUACCAAAAGAUCGUCGAUGCCAUUAUUCCAAAGGACACCUCCAUUACCAACCCAUAUCUCUGGCAUGAUGAUUUGCAUGAUGAUAACAUCUUCGUAGACCCACACAACCCUGAAAAGAUUACGGGUAUCAUUGACUGGCAGUCUUGCCACAUCUCACCCCUCUUCAGCCAUAACCCCGAUCCAGCUUUCCUUGACUGGGAUGGCCUUGAGCCAGAAACGCUCGACCUAGCACCAAGACCGACACUCGCUGGGCUUUCCCCCGACGAACGGUCCGCGGCUAUGCACGAGUAUACAGUUCAAAAUGUGUUCAUUGGAUGGCGAAAACUCAUGCGUGCUAAGAAUCCAGACUUGUAUCGGGUAGUCGAAUUCCGAAAGACGGCAGCGUUCGGACUGAUUUUUCUUGCCCACCGCAUGUUCGAAUACGGCGAGCCGCACUUCCUAUCGCUUCUAGUCGAUUUGAAGGACACGUGGGCGGACUUACCCGGCCUCACUAGCGACAUUCCAUUCCCGUUUGAGUUUUCAGAAACGGACUUGGAGCGCAUCAAGCUGGAUUGCGAUGAUGCAGUAGCGGGGACUGAGCUUGUGUCUGGGGUCAAGGAAGCAAUGCGCGAUUUGUGGCCCGACAAAGGCUUCAUCGAACAUGAGCGAUACGAUGAUUGCAAAGCUGCCCUUGAUGAAGUCAAGGUUCAGAUUCUAGAGCAAUUGGCUAAGACUGACGAGGAGAAAGCCGAAUACCAGCGUCAUUGGCCAUUUGAAUGA